AUGAAGAUGUCUCCGUUGUUCCUUGUGCUGCUCAUCAUCGCGUUCACGGCCGCGACGACGUCGACCGCGCCCCUUCCGACGACGCAAACCCUCGACCUCGACGACGCGAGAGGCCAUGGCCACGGCUACGACCAGCAGCUGAAAUCCAGGACGUUCCUGUCUCCGGCCUUCACCCUGCGCCCCGGCUCCGUCUCCAACAAGUGGUACGCGGACAUCGCCUUCCCCCGGGGCCACGUCGCGCUCAAGAGCUUCAACGGCGAGGUCGUCGACGUGCGCGGCGCCCCCGUGCCGCUCCACGAGACGUACCUCCACCACUGGCUCGUGGAGCCCUACUACGCCGCGUCCGGCGGCGGCGGCGGGCAGGAGAAUAUCAUCCCGCGGGCCAACUCCGGCGUGUGCAAGGGCGGCGCGCUGGGGCAGUACUUCGGGCUGGGCUCCGAGACCCGGCGCACGGCGACGUGGGUGCCCGACCCCUACGGCAUCGAGAUCGGCGACCCGGCGGCGCCGCCCGAGGGGUACGAGGAGCGGUGGUCGCUGACCGUGCACGCCAUCGACACGCGCGGCGCCGUCGACAGGCUCGGGUGCACCGAGUGCCGGUGCGUCCUCUACAACGUGACGGUCGACGAGGACGACGACGGCUACGCCGGCGGCCUGCGCUGCUGCUACGACCAGGCGCGGUGUGCGGUGGAGGAAGGCUUCGCCGACGGCGAGACCCGGGAGCUGUUCCUGCGGUACACCGUGAUGUGGCUCGACUGGAGCGACGCCGCCGUCGUGCCGGUGAGGAUCUACAUACUCGACGUCACCGAUCGAGCGAUGCUCGAGGGGAAAUCUGAGCCUGAGUGCAAGGUGGAGUAUACGGUGGAGGCAUGCAGCUCAGAAAACCGAGCGAGAAACGAGUGCGUCGACGUGAAGGUGACCCAAGAAGUGCUGCCGCGUGGCGGCGACGUCGUCUACGCCGUCGGGCACCAGCACACCGGUGGCCUGGGCACUUCCCUGCACGGCGAGGACGGCCGGCUGCUGUGCCGGUCGACCCCGGCCUACGGUGACGGGGAGGAGGCCGGGAACGAGGCGGGCUACGUCGUCGGCAUGUCGGCGUGCUACCCGGAGCCGGGGGGCGCCGCCAGGGUGCGCGGCGGCGAGGCGCUGACCGUGGUGUCCAACUACAGCAGCGAGCGGCAGCACACGGGGGUGAUGGGCCACUUCUACAUCCUCGUCGCCGACGAGCAGGAGCAGCUGCCGGCUCCCGAGAAGCAGCAGCUGCCGUCGCUGUGCUUCAGCUUCCCGGUCUCAUGGUGCGUUCCGGCAUGGCUGUCGCUCUACCAGCAGUGAAAGAUUCAGGAAGCCCCCCUGAUACUGCUAGUACUACGUGUGGUGUGUUUGUGUAUGGACUAGGGAGUGGACAGGGCCGUCGCUCUUUGUGUGUCAGCCUCACUCGUGCGGUAUUGGCAUCUCGCAGCUAGCAUGAGUGCAGCGCAUAAAUAAGAUUUGUAUGGGCCUUUGAGCAAGCAAGCCAGGUGGAUACAAUGGUACAGAGUUUGCU